AUGGACGAGGCGACAGUAUCAUCUUCCUCUACUCCAUCAAACAAUCGUUCACCCUUACCGCAUGAUUCAAUUCCCUCUGAAAACUCGUCAAAACACAGGCAGGUUUAUCGCUCUGAUGUCUGCCCGUUAUCUGUUCUUGAACAAAUACGAGGUCGUUACAAUAAUGUUCGAAAAUCAAAAUUACCGCUGAUAGAGGCAACUAAACAGAUUGUCUUCGUCGACCUUUUGAUCGGUCUGCUUUCCGAAGAAGGAUUCGAUUUUCGCCAAGGAAUUGAUGGAAAACAUCUUUUGGUUGAUAAAACGCAUGGGAAUAAAGUAUACGUUGAAAUAAUCGAUGAAGAAGAAGAAAAUGAUGAAAACGUUGAUGUUGAAGAGGAAAAUGAUGAAAACGUUGAUGUUGAAGAGGAAAUUGAUGAAAACGUUGAUGAUGUUGAAGAGGAAAUUGAUGAAAACGUUGAUGAUGUUGAAGAGGAAAUUGAUGAAAACGUUGAUGAUGUUGAAGAGGAAAAAUCAUGA